AUGAACAACUACACUGCCUCCAGUGUUCCAACUGUGUCAGCUAAGAAUACCAUUGACCUCACCAACAGCGAAAUCUCAUGGAAUGAGGACAACACUGUCGUUAGACCAGUCAUCACUACUGAAGCUCCAGCUACCAAUGAUCCAACUCCUGCUCCAAUGGCUCCUGCCACCACUGCUAAAACUUCAGAA